UGCUGGGGCUCCGCCGCGGGGAGGAGGACGCUGAGCAGGCGCUGAGCCGCGCAGCGCUGCGGGGGAGGCGCCCGCGCCGACGCGGGGCCCAUGGCCAGGACCACCAGCCAGCUGAUACUUGCAGAGACAAGGUAGUCCUCCCUGAACCCUGGGUGGAAAGGAGUGGUAGAAACAGCUUGGGGAGCCCCACACAGAGAGCUGAUGGGCAGCUUGUGGACUGUACUGCAGUAUGACGCCGUUCCCAUUCAGUCCAGUGUGGUGUUAUGUGCCUGCCCGUCUCCAUCAAUGGUGAGGACCCAGACUGAAUCUGGCUCGGCCACUGGCAUUCCUAGCAGUGGCAGCAGGCAGGGCCCCACUAUGGACGGCACUACAGCUGAGGCCCGGCCAAGCACCAACCCUCUGCAGCACACUGCCCAGCCACCACAGCCACGUAAGAAACGGCCUGAAGACUUCAAGUUUGGGAAAAUUCUUGGCGAGGGCUCUUUUUCAACAGUUGUCUUGGCCCGAGAACUGGCUACCUCCAGAGAAUAUGCCAUUAAAAUUCUGGAGAAGCGUCAUAUUAUUAAAGAGAACAAGGUCCCAUAUGUAACCAGAGAGCGAGAUGUGAUGUCGCGCCUGGACCAUCCCUUCUUCGUUAAGCUUUACUUCACAUUUCAGGAUGAUGAAAAGCUGUAUUUUGGCCUUAGUUAUGCCAAAAAUGGAGAACUGCUUAAGUAUAUCCGCAAAAUCGGUUCAUUUGAUGAGACUUGUACCCGAUUUUACACAGCUGAGAUCGUGUCUGCUCUAGAGUACUUGCAUGGCAAGGGCAUCAUUCACAGGGACCUUAAACCAGAAAACAUUUUGUUAAAUGAAGACAUGCACAUCCAGAUCACAGAUUUUGGAACAGCAAAAGUUUUGUCUCCAGAGAGCAAACAAGCCAGGGCUAACUCAUUUGUAGGAACAGCGCAGUAUGUUUCUCCAGAGCUGCUCACAGAGAAGUCGGCCUGUAAGAGUUCAGACCUUUGGGCUCUUGGAUGCAUAAUAUACCAGCUUGUGGCAGGACUCCCACCAUUUCGAGCCGGAAAUGAAUAUCUUAUAUUUCAGAAGAUCAUUAAGUUGGAAUAUGACUUCCCAGAAAAAUUCUUCCCUAAGGCAAGAGACCUUGUGGAAAAACUCUUGGUUUUAGAUGCCACAAAGCGGUUAGGCUGUGAAGAGAUGGAAGGGUAUGAACCUCUCAAAGCUCAUCCAUUCUUUGAGUCCAUCACAUGGGAGAAUCUGCACCAGCAGACGCCUCCGAAGCUCACAGCUUACUUGCCAGCCAUGUCAGAGGACGACGAGGACUGCUAUGGCAAUUAUGACAAUCUCCUGAGCCAGUUUGGCUGCAUGCAGGUGUCCUCCUCUUCCUCCUCCCACUCCUUGUCUGUGGCGGAUGCAGGCCUACCCCACAGGUCAGGCAGCAACAUAGAGCAGUACAUCCACGAUUUGGACACUAACUCUUUUGAACUGGACUUACAGUUUUCUGAAGAUGAGAAGAGGUUAUUACUGGAGAAGCAAGCCGGUGGAAAUCCUUGGCACCAAUUUGUAGAAAAUAAUCUAAUACUAAAAAUGGGUCCAGUGGAUAAGCGAAAGGGUUUAUUUGCACGACGACGACAGUUGCUGCUCACAGAAGGGCCACAUUUAUAUUAUGUCGAUCCUGUCAACAAAGUUCUGAAAGGUGAAAUACCAUGGUCACAAGAACUACGACCAGAAGCCAAGAAUUUUAAAACUUUCUUUGUUCACACGCCUAACAGGACAUAUUACCUGAUGGAUCCAAGUGGAAAUGCUCACAAGUGGUGCAGAAAGAUCCAGGAGGUUUGGAGGCAGCGAUACCAGAGCCACCCAGAUGCCGCUGUGCAGUGACAUAGCCUGCGGCCGAGCUGCCCUUCGCUGCCAGGACACCUGCCCCAGCGCGGCUCGGCCGCCACCCGGGACACUUCCAGACCACCUGCCAGCCAUCUCAAGGAGAACACAGACAGCGGAAACCUUGCAGCUUUUUUAUUUAAAAGAAAAGAAGAAAAAAAUUACCCAAUCACAUAAAGAACAAAACCAAUAACAAACAGGAAUUCAGGGUCGCUUUGCUUGCUCUCUGUGCUUUGUGGAGGCUUCCAUGUGCUCUUGAGGCCGUGGAGACCCAGCCUCUUGCACGGCAGCCCAGCUCCUGCCCAGACCAGUGGCUAGACUUGGUGUCACCAGCCCCUUCUAGUAUCCAUCAGAACCAUGUGCCUGCCAUGCACCACUCCUGCUGUGGUCCAGGGACUGGCUCUUUCUGCCCACCCCCACGGUCACAGAAUGCUUCACCAGGGAGCCUCUGUGCGCUGUGCUGGGGACAGGGCUCUUAGUUUGUGAGCGUGCUCCCUUCCUUAUGUUCCUCUGCAUGGCCCUGGAGGUGUAGCCUGGUCCCUUGUGUCUCCUACUGUGGCUUGGGUGACAGGAUUUCUGUGGUCCUUACUAUCUGGCAGGCAGACUGUGAGGUGAAGAGUAGGCACAGCUGUGGAGAUGACAUGCAGAGCAGGCUGCUGCAGUUACAGGGAGCCCUCCCAGGGCUCAGCUUCAUGUCCCACCUCUAAGCAGUGUCCUUCAGUGGGGCUGGAUGCUGAGCCAAGCACAUGCUUGGGAGGGACACUGUCUGGUGGAAACAAGGUUAGCACCCAGUUGCGUUGUUGCUAGAUACACAUAACACUGUCCUGUAAGACCAGGAAGUACCACAGAAGCCUCAGGGCAUCCUGAGAUUCUCUGGAAGGUUUUAAAUGUGCAGGCUGCCUGCCCACCCAAUGAGAUCAGACUUGAGAGAAUCCUGGUGUCAGCAGCCCCAGGGUACUUCAGUCCCCUGCCCAGCCUCAUACUUCCCUGUUCAUGUUGUGGCUUCUCAGAGCUAGCUCAGUUUUUACAUCUCUAUUGGAAAUCUAAAAGCCUUCUCACGUUGCCUGGUGACUUGGCCAAUAAGGGUGGAACUCUGCGUAGAAAAAAGUGUUAUCCACUGUUGCCUGGGACAUUAGAACAGCCCACUUAAGCCUGAGUCUGUCUGGUCUGGUAUCCUCUGCCAGUUUUAGGGCCACUUUCCUUUGAUGCUUUGGUGGCAGUGCUUUGCUUUGUGUUAAAAGACCAGAAUGUAUCAGUCCCUUGCUUUGCUUUGCCGCUCCCAGGCACAGUGCUCCUGAGGGUCUCAACUGUGCCUCUCCUUGCCUUGAUUGUCCCUAAAGGGUGAUUUUCAGUCUCUGGGGAAGAAGAGCAGGCACCUGCCUUUGCAGUCUGCUCACAGACACCAUUUGACUCCCGUGUCCCCAAGGCAGGAACAACUUUGCCAUUUCUGUAGACCUUCACAAAGGCACCAACAAAAGGCCCACAGAAAAAGUACCCCCCCACCCCACAUGACCAUCCAUCACCUGGUGUGCCAGGCCAGUCCAAACUGAGAGGAAAAAUUUUUUCCAAACUUGUUUUAAUAUAUAUUUUUUUUUAGAUGUAGAUGGACACAAUACCUUUAUUUUAUUUGUUUAUUCUUAUGUGGUGCUGAGGUUUGCACUCAGUGCCUCACACAUGCCAGGGAAGCACUCUACCACUGAGCUACAACUCCAGCCCCCUCCCAAACUGUUUUAAUGAUAAGAGUGGUUCUUUUUAAACUGAGAGGAAGUGCACAUGUGGGGCUGACUAGUGCCAGAGUGGAACAGAAGUAUUCCCCAGGACUUGACAGUCGUUUCUGUGAGAGCUUAUGUGUGAGUGAGAGUGUGUCAAAGUCUCACCUGUCUUUUGGGAGCCCCAGGGAGCUGGGCACAGGCCAGGCCUCCUCUCUUAAAGGCUUGCUUAUGUUAGGUGAGUCUCACUUGGCUGUUUCUUUCUUGGAGUCCUGUGCAGACUCACUCCCCUUGUUAUGGUUUUUCCCUCUUCAGAAUGUCCUGCAUCACAGGCUUGACUCCCUGACUCUCCUGCCUGGGCACACACAUGCAGAGAAGAUGUCCCUCGGGGCAUUUGGUACAGGGGAACAAGUAGGACUGAGACUUGGCUGAAUAAGAGAGCCUGGCCAAUCAUGGGCAGAUAAGAAAUCUUCUUUUGCCUCCGCCCUCUGGAGAGCACCACUACCUCUGGGCUUCACCAACAAGCGCCAUCCCAACCUCCUCUACCACAUGGCUGAGGGCCAAGACAGUGCCACACCUUCCCCUGUUUCCCUUGCUCCUUGCUUGCUGUCCCCUUUUUCCCUUGCUCUUUUGUUUAAGCCCUAUGCACACUGUUCUUUAGCCCUGACUUAUGUCAGUUUCAGCAUGCAUGUGGACAUGCGUAUGUGGAGACACAGUGGGGGCAGCCCAGGUGAGAAAAUAGUGCCCUGCUGCUGAAUAGAUCCAGGAGCCAUGUGUCCCACUACAGACCAGUAAGGACAAGUGCAAAUGCCAAGACCAUCUUUCUGUGGCCUCUCCCAGCCCAGAGGGGCAGCAGACUGUGGUGGCCAUGUCUCACACAGCUCACUGUGCCCUGCCUUCUCUGGGGAUGCAGAGGAAGCCAGGUUUGGAUAGGUUUUUUCUCUGGUGCCAGCCAGGGCAGUGGGCAUCCCUGUGUGGAGCUCUUAAGCCUCUUUAUCCUAGGGAGUGGCACUGUGGUGUGUCUACCAUUCUCAAUCUUAGCUUCCUAGAGGCUUGUUAGAAAUUUGCUUUGAGAAAGAUGGCUCAUGUUGUCAGUCCAAAGCUAGCAGGAACUGCACCUGCUCCAGUGCUCCUGGUCUACUGUGGUAUCUAUAGUCCAUGCUGGUAGGACUCAGCCCCGUGGCAUAGAUCCACACACACCAGCCCAAGCCCUCCAGGUGAUUCUGUGCUUUCUUAAAAAGUAGUAUUUACAUUCUGAAAAAAGUCAACUAGGCUCUCCACCAGAGGCCACUGUGAGCAUUUUCAUCUAGAUUCUGGCCCCUCUUCCAUUUAUUUGCUUUUCAAACUAAGCUGGAACAUACAGCGUGCAUCAUUUUGCAUCCAUCUUUUUUAUUUGAUAUUUUAUCUGAAGCACUUUACCAUGUCAUGAGCAGUUCUUCAAAAGCAUGUUUUAAUGAUUGUAGAGUCUGAUGGUCAUACAUUUUAUGAAAAUUCAUCUAUUUCCCUAUUGUAAAAGAGUUGGGUGGUUUCUGGUUUUUCACUAUUUAAAUAAUGCUGUGGUGAAUGUCCUUAUAAAUCUUGUUAUUUUUGACCCUGAUCUUUCCCCCUUAGAUGCCUGCAAGUAUUAUUUUGGGGUCAAAGAGUUUGUUCAUUUCACAUGUAAUUCCUCCCACUUGGUCUGAUGCUCUGAUGCUCUGAGAUUCAGUAACAGCCUCUUCCUGGUACAGAUUCUGAGAAAUCAGUUUUUGCUAAGCUGUGUGUUCCAAAUAAUGUUGAAUAUGACUGCUCUUUUUUCUUUUUUUAAUGCUAAAAUGAUGUCAUUCCUGCAGAUCCAUUUGUGACAGAUUUUUCCAAGAGCCAAUUUCCUUAUUUUCAUUGCAAGAAUCUGGUCAUGCUUGCAUGUUAGUUCUCUUCCAUUCCUGCUGCUAUAGCUUCCAAGUGCUUGGUGAUGUUUUAAGAAUCUUUUACUUUGUGUCUAUAAUGGUACUGAAUCUGCUUCUGCACAGUCAGCAGAGAUAAAGUGUUGAACUGAUCUUGCCACGUGCUUAGUGAUUUGUACUUAAAGUUUAUAGACUCUGUAAGUACACUGGGCCAUUUGGGAUCGCUAACAGAGCAAAGCUGUAUUUGAAAACAAAACCUUGUAGAUGAUUGGGUUUUACAAGAGUGCAUUUGUGUCCCCCACCCCCACCCCCCAUUAGAAGUUCUUAGCAGUUCAGGACAGCACAGUGUCUAGGCCUCUUCAUGUAGAAUGUGGAUCUAGGUGGCAUGAAUGUGAGGUGUUCUCCCUGCUCCCUGCCCACAGUGCUGCAAGUUGCCCAGUGGUCUUCAAGUCCAGACCAUCCAAAUUUGUUUGCAGUCUUAUUUGUCCACGUUGACUGAGUUCCAUUGAUUCUGAGGGGAAACAUGUACAAGAGGUUUUUCUGAGCAUCAUGCUCAGUGCCACUUGACUCUGCCAGAGCUCAGGGCUGAAUUGUGUAGAAUUGGGCCUCCUGCCGACCUCUGAUGUGCCACAGUUCCUCCUCCGUCUGGACUACAGACCCAGGGUGCUCACAGCUGAGCCUUAAGAGGCCACCACUGCUAUGAGUACGGUGAAGGUACUGUGUUCUGAGAGACGUUCUUUGCUUUUUCCAUUUUGUUUCAUUGGAAACCCAGUAUGAACUGAUGGGGACUCAAGUGGGCAUGGCUCACUCUUGGGCAGAGUGUAUAGCAAGAACCCCUGAAUCAGGGCUGUAGCCACUUCCAGAGCCUCUGAGAGGCAUUGGCUUCUAGCCCCAAACUGCAAGGUUGUAAAUCAGGCUGCCUGUGGAGAACUGUUCUGGGAAGGAAACUGUUUUCCAGUAAAGAGCAUUUUUAUUUGCUGCUGAGAUGGCCAUGGCAGGCAAAUGAAUGAGCCAGUGUGAAUACCUGAAUUUUCCCUAUAAUUCUUCUCUUCAAUGUGAAGAAACACCAAACUGUACAGAGAACUUUUUACAAAAGACAAACUUUUUUUUAAAACCCUUGUAGCCCACUGUAGUCUAAUGUCUGGCUGAAAGCCUCUAUUUUGACCAUAGUUGAAUUGGAUGUUGACAAAUUUAACUGCUGCAGUGUUUGGAGCUGCUGCAGCUGUUCCAACCACAUACCAUAGUUUGAAUGGAUAGUAUGUUACUGCCCUUCAGGUUGGUGGCAGUCAGUUGGACCGUGUGUAAUGUUCUCUACCUGGUCUGUAGCUGUAACUGUGAUGUACAAGGCAAAGCAAAAAUUGAAAAAAGAAACUUAUGGAAACAAAUAAUGCAAUGAUAUUAGGAUACACUUUUGUAUUUUUAUUCUUAUAUAAGGUUAUUUGCUGGCUAUCGUUGGCCUCUAGUUCAGUCUGUGUUAUUUAAAUUCUAAUAUAUGAAUUAUUUGGAUUGAAUUCAUGUUCGGGGCCACGUUGUUGUAUGUAUUGAUGUACAGCCUUGAAUGUGAAUAAUUAUUGUAAACUAUAUUUACAACUUUUUUUCUGGCUUUAUUAUAUAAAUUUUCUAUUUGGUCAUGGUUUAAUCAUAUCAUAAUUUAAUGAAUCUGUUUAUUCUUUUUUCAAAUAUCUGUGCUUUAGAUGUAGUUCCGGAUGAUGAAUUUCCCUCGUAUGCUCCGUAGUCUUGAAAUAAAAGCAUGUAGAGUGCA